GAUUGGCUCAAUAAAAUGUAUAAUAUUUUGCUCACAAGCAUUAAAAUCUGUCUCAGCUUGGUCAUAUUAUUUGAUCCCAAGGUAAAUGGACAAUUUCAUUUUUCUGAGAUAUCUCUUCAAUCCCCGAUAUCUUCGAUUGGUUCCAAUGUCAUUGCUACUGCAAAUGUGACUUAUCUUGGUAGCUCAGGUUUAGAAUUAUCAUGGAAAAUAAACCAUGACACUGUUGAAGCAUAUUGGAUUGAGCAUAACCAAAUACCACGGCAUGCUACUCUAUCUACAAAUGAUUAUAAUACAUUAUCAAGUACAACAACAUCAGUUGUCAGCACUGGAGACACGUUCUCUAUGAUCCUUGAAAUCAAGAAUGUAAGUUUGGACCUCAACAACUCAACAGUUUCUCUGAGUUGUGCUGUAGCAGGGUGUAUCACUCAAGUUAAUUUGUCUAUAAAAUAUUGUCAACCGUCUACUGGAAGUGGAGUUAUUGCAACUAUCAGUUCAGUACCAUGUGGUUUUGGAUGUACAGUGCAAUAUUCGUGUGCACCGGGAUAUACUGGGAAUGAUGUCACCGCAACAUGUCAAGAAGACGCUACAUUCGAUGCUAUCCCAAUCUGUACACUGAGUACAUGUCCAAAUUCUGACCUUCCAUGCUCAAACCAUCGAUAUUGCUUCUAUCAAACUGGCUCUAGCAAUGGCGGAAGCAAUGUUACAGUUCAAUGCAACACUGGUUAUAGUGGUUCUGUGUCUGCAAUGUGCGGUAAUGAUGGUAAUUGGACUAUAACACCCCAAUCUCCGUGUCCAGCCUUGUGCCCUGUGUCCGAUAUCACAUCCUCACCAGGAAGGUGUACAACUGCUACUGGUGAUAUGUUAGAAGGUCAAAACAUAACUGUCACUUGUUGUAGUGGUUACGAAGGAGCUAGCACAAUGUCUAUUUGUACCUCGGAUAGAAGUUGGUCUAACCUACCCACAUGUACAAAAGCAGGUAUCGAGGUUAAAGAAGUUACUAGGUCAAACAUUGUUAUCCCUUGAAGAUUGUACAAUAAAUUCUGCUUUCAUAUAAUCUAAUUAUAACUUUGUAAUUUGCAUUGAUUUGGUUGUUUUUUUGCAUAAAGUUUUAACAAUGUGCAGUGGUGAAGCUGUUAAAAAUGAAAAUGAUAUAAUGUGGAUAUUGAUUAAUAUAUAUAAAUACUCUUUACUUUUAAUAUGUAAGUAUCAUGUUACAAUAUAUAUAUUCUAAAAUCAUGCAGAUUAUUUUUCCGCUUAUUGUCCGAAUUUUUAAGGUGGCUAUUACAAUUUUUCCCUAUUAAACAAAAAA